GUGACAGUUGUGCACCACCUUAUCACAUUUCAAAUGAGUCAUUUGCCACCAGACCUCAAAGGACAUUUGGCCUACAUAUCCUGCAAACGUGAGCAAAGACAGCACGGCCAGAAAAAGCUACUCGAUUAAAGUGCAUGGACGAAGACUAGUAAUUUGGAUACAAAACAAGAAGAACAGCAUAACACGCUAUGAAGAAGGGAAAGAAACGCCAACAGCAAAGUACCGGAGCGCGGGUGAAUGGAAAUGCACAGAGAAAAGAGUCGUGGAAGGAGGAGAAACUGGUUCAGAUUCAUCAGUACCUCAACAGUGACCCAGUAGACGUGGACAACCUCAGGAGAGCAGCGGUCAGCGAGGGAGGCCUUCUAACAGAUGAGCUGAGGAGGAAAGUUUGGCCCAAGCUGCUCAAUGUCAACGUGUACAAUCUCCCUGCUAGACCUUCUAAAGAUGUUCGAAAGAACCACAAGGACUUCAACCAGGUGCUGCUUGAUGUCAGGAGGUCCAUGAAACGUUUCCCAAAAGGCAUGCGUGCAGACACCAGGCAGGUAUUACAGGAGAAGUUGAUUGACAUCAUCCUGGUGAUUCUACAGAAGAACCCCGCAUUGAACUACUACCAGGGUUACCAUGACAUCGUGGUCACUUUCCUACUGGUGGUCGGCGAGCGCUUGGCCAUUGCCAUGGUGGAGACCCUCUCCAAACACCACCUCAGAGAUUUCAUGGAUCCAACCAUGGACAGCACCAAGCACAUACUGAACUAUCUGUUUCCAAUACUGGAGGAAGUUGAUCCAGAACUACAUGACUUUAUGCUGAGGUCUGAGGUGGGAUCCGUCUUUGCUCUGAGCUGGCUCAUCACCUGGUAUGGACACGUCCUCUCCGAGUUCCGUCACAUCCUCCGGCUCUAUGACUUCUUCUUAGCGUCACAUCCUCUCAUGCCCAUCUAUUUCGCUGCCGUGAUCGUCCUGCACAGGGAGAAGGUGGUGAAGCGUACGGAGUGUGACAUGGCCAUGGUCCACCACCUCCUGUCCCAGAUCCCCCAGGACCUCCCCUACGAAGAGCUGAUCAGUCAGGCCCACAGUCUCUUCAACCGCGCCCCGCCCUCGGUUCUGGCCCGGCGUGCUGCUCUACAGUCCCGUACGAGCGUCACCAUCAACUGUUUCACGGACUUCCAGAAGACCACCCGACAGCAGCGGCCGGACUCGGUCCUGCGACGGCAGCUCCUCCGGGGCCGGGAGCGUGGCGGCGUGGCCCCGGACUCACCGCUGACCGGGGCGACCGCGUCCAACCAGCUCGUCAAGAUGGCAUUCUGGGGCAUCUCAGCCACCCUCGGUGCGGCGGUGUUGGCUGUGGCCCAAACCGCCGUGGACUGGGCUCCGGAAUUCAUCGUGCAGCUCUUCUGAUGGACGUUUUACCGUAGACCGGCGGUUAAGUGGCGGUUGGGGGGGGGGCUUUGUGUGCCAAAAUCCGUUUCACGCAAACGGGGGGGGGGGGGCAUUUAUUUAUUCAGUAGUGUGUUUAUUUAUGGAUUUUACUUGUGCUAAUAUUGGAGAAUGAAAGGUAGUAGAUGAGUUUUUGUAAUGAUAAGCAUUUCUGAGUGCUAGCCUGUGUCCUGUCAGCAAGUAUGUCUGAGGAGGAAAAACGCGCCGGUAGCUGAUUCACAGCGCGGGGCGCACAAAUUAUUAAAAAGACGUUUCUCUUUUUUUUUUCUUUUUUCUGCCGAAUGCCUUCGGUGGAGAGUGAAGGGAACGGUUCAUUACGGGUACAAACACUCACUCAAGCAGGUGGUUCUUAUUCAGCGGUUGACUAGCGAGCGAGCGGGAGAGCGAGAUCUCAAUUUCUGCUUUAAAAUUGCACUUUAAAAGAACCGUGUUGCCUCCACUUAGAUUACAGUGGGUGUGUACGCUGCAUAUAAAAUAUUCACCUUUCAUGCAAACCAAGAGACCGUCACAUACUGUAUAUUUAAAUCAGCUCCAUGGGAGAUGUGCCUGAAAGAUGGUUCACAUCCCAAAUGGCGACCUAUUCCCUUUGAUGGUGUACUACUUUUGACCAGGCCCUAUUGGUCUGAAUUAUCCAGAGCACUGUUUGGGGAAUAGGGUGCCAUUUGAAGUGCCCAGACUCAUGCCUCCAACAGCCCCCUAGGCUACUGCUGUCAGUAGCCAGAGACCUUAUUGGGUUGGCUGAGCUAGCCGGGUAGCAUAGCGCAGGCUUUUAAAGAAUGUUUUAUUAAAUGUUUUACAAGAAUCAGCCCAGGAGCGAGUGUGCAUCCGUCCAAGGACAAAACAAAACAGGUUUGCGCGACUUGCGUCGUUGCUUUAAUUAGCGCUCGUCCUUUGAUGCUCUGUGGGCUCUGGAUGUGGUGGGUGUGACAAUCAGUGGGCAGCCGUUUACUUGCUCUAAUCACAACGACAUUAGUCUCUGUCAGGAAGGACAAAAUGUUUGGUUUUCCCCGCUGUAAAAUGUGCGCUGCUAGUCAAGCCAGGAAGGCACGGGCCGUGUUUUAUUUAAUGUAAGUUUAAUUUGAGCCUCUGGCUAUUGGCAUGGGUUUGGCCCAAUCCUUCACACUUUUGUACCAGUUGAAUCCAUUUAGCUAAUGAAGCUAACAAAGCAAGGUCUUAUAACAUGAGAAAUUACAAGGAGCCACUGGCCUGAUUUAAUACACGACUCAGAUCUGACCAAAUUAGUUAUGUUUGACCUGGAUGAAAUGUUCAUCUUUUAAACUGUCAUAGUCUCUGCUGGAAUCAUUGUUCUGUGAUAAUCAGUAAUUUCACAAUUAUUAAGGGCAUUCAUCAUUUGUAGCCUUAUUCUAAGAUGCUUUGCGUGCGUUGACCCAGUAAGGACAUUAUAAAUGUGGGCAUAACGGACUUGGAACAUAUGCCCUUCACAAAACUUCAUCACCACACUCAGAUUCUAGUUGCGGGAUCUACUGGCCUUUUGGAAUGUUUUUGGGAGCUAGGUGGUCUCGUUUGAUGGUAGGCAUCUGACCAUUCCCAUCUCUGUGUCUGUCUCAGAUAAGACUCGCCUGCGGCCCCAUCUCUCUCUACCUGUUCCUUUCCCUCUGCCAGUCUAACCAGGUUCAUGUUGGCACACUCACUUUUAAAUCCGGUCCAGUUGGAACCGGGCAGUGUAAUUACUGGCCUUUUGAUCAGCCCUGUCCGUCCUGAUCCAGUAGAUUUUCACUGCCUGAAGGUUUGCCGUCCGUGGAGACUACAGGCGAUUGUCAGAACAACUUUCCAGCCACGGUACACUAGUCCAUACUUCAGAAAGUGUUUGGUGCCGGUGCUAGCCAACGCCUCAGGCUGUGUCCAGGAUGGCACCAUCAGAGGUGGUACACUAUGUAGAGAAGUGUAUGUUCGUGCGUGCAUGUGUGUGCGUACAUGCGUGCCACCAUUUGACAGGUGCAUGGCUUUUUGUAGUAUCUUGAAGUAUCUUCAUUGGCUUGAAGUAUCAUGUCCUCAGUUCAUGUGGCAACUGUUUUAUACAAUGUGAGAUGUUUUUGUUAAUGUAAUAACCCCAAUGUUUCUUGGGGAAAUUGUACCCAAACGAAAUGGUUAACGGUAUGUUUUUGUGCAGUGCUUAUCACAGACCUUUUCUGCGUGUUUUUUGAUGACCGUGGAAUUAUUGACGACAAUGGGACAAUGUGUGUAUAUUUGCAUCAUUCAGUCAGGCUUGGUACUUUCAAAAAAUGAUAUUCUUGAUCAGAAGACAGUCUGUCUGUUAGUAGGUACAAGCACAUAUUUAAAGACAAAAGACUUACAGCACUAUCCCUUUUAAAUGUCUUCAAAUGUGUCUCAAACAGAGCCUUAUUCACUCUAUAGUGCACUAGAAAUCCAUUGGAUUGGGAAUCAAAUGCUUCCAUAUUGCUAGUUAACUGUAGUUAGUUGAAUGUUUGACAUGUAACUAGUUGCUAGUUGAAUGUUUCUUGGUGGACCCGCAUGUUACCAAGUGUUCUGUUCCAGAAUGGUUGCCCGUUGGGCAAGCAGCCUCAAAUGCCUACCGGCCUUGGCACAUAAUGCCAUACCAUUCUGUAUUAGAGACGUACAACGUACAAAUAAUGUUAGAUAGUGUCAGGAAUGUGGUAGAGGGGAUCUGGUAUUUGUUUAUGGUCAUCAUUGCAUUGGUGUCAGUAGAUCAUUGGUUCCUCUGUCAAUCUAAUAAUCUGUUUAAAACCAUCAGUGUUUCUUCUGAGUUGCCUACGGUGUCCUUAGUCCCCUGGGGUAAUGUGGAGUAAUACCUAGGUACUGAUAGAGCAAAGGGAACAUGUGUAGUUGACACAGGAUGGCUGUGCAGCACCUUACCACAACCCUUUUACUGUGUUACAUUAGAGAUUCUCCACUGUUACAUUGUGUAUUCUCUCUCCUUGCAUGAAAUAAAGCUUUUGUGCAAUAGAGUUUU